UGUUUCACUCAGCGGUUGUUGCAGAUCUUUUGAUAUUGCUGCAAAUGGUUAUGUGCGCAGCGAAACGGUGUCAGUGAUAUAUCUUCAAAAAAUGAAGAAUGCGAAGAGAAAUUAUGCCAUAUGUCCGCAUAUUAAAUUAAACAGUGAUGGUUACAAAAAAGAAGAAAUAACAUUCCCAUCGUCGUUUGUGCAAAGUACUUUACUAACAGAAUUUUACAAUGAAUGCGGAAUACCGACAUCUUGUUUGGAUUACAUGGAGGCACAUGGUACCGCUACCAAAGUUGGCGAUCCUUCAGAAAUUAAUACUAUCUUUAAUGUAUUAUGUAAGAACAGAGAGACUCCAUUAAUGAUCAGCUCUGUAAAAUCCAAUAUUAGUCAUGCUGAAUCUGCUAGCGGUUUUGGUCAAAUCACUAAGGUAAAACAACUAACUUCUGUUUUCAUUUAUUAUUAA